UUGGUGAAUUAGUUUUAAAUUAUGGAAGUAAACCGAUUUCAUUGGCAUAAAUAAUAUUUUUUACCUAUACUAAAACUGUUUUUAUCUUAUUUUUACUCAAGUUUUGUUAAAUUUGUUAUCGAAAAGUUCGAUAGAUUUCGUUCCGCCCAUCACUAUUUACUUGUCAAAAUAGCAAAUUUUCAUUCUUACGGGAAUCAUAUAGUAAGAUGUCUGCUGUUUUAAAUUACUCGAUUCGUCGCCAUUUAGGCGCAACUGCCGCCAGGAAUAUGUCCGGCACUGCCGCCGUAGCCGGUGAACACUCCGGAGGCUACAAGGUGUGGAAGCGUCUGUCCUUCUUCGUGGCCGUGCCCGCCGUGGGUCUGUGCAUGCUGAAUGCCUACCUGAAGCACCAGGAGGAGCACGACAAGCCCCGCCAGGAGUUUGUCAAGUACGACUACCUGCGUCGUCGCGAGAAGCGCUUCCCUUGGGGCGAAGGCAACAAGAGCCUGUUCCACAACCCCCAUGUCAACCCCCUUCCCGAUGGCUAUGAGCACUAAGUAGCCACCAAUUCCGUUAAUGGGGAUACACUCGUUGGGUACUCUGCAUUUCACAGCGGAGUCGUCCAGUAUAUAAUCGUUAAUGUAAACUGAUCGUUAGGCGGAAAUACAGUAAAAAUUAUCCAAAACACGAGAUAAUGUUGUCGCUUCAAUAAAGAACAAAUUCCGCGAGUGAAUGACUUCAAGGA